AGAGCGGGGGGAGGGAGGACAUGAGCUGCGUGCUAUGAGAAACUUACCAAUCAGGUCAGAUAGGGGGGCAUUGAAACAAACACAAUUAAAAGAUAGGGACCAAGCCAGGGAAAAAAAAAAAAAAACGAAAACAGAAAGGCGAGUGAGGGCGAGUCAGCCGCCAGAAAGUCCAGGCGGCGUCGGCGGCAGCAGCGGCGGCGUGGCUGGGCAGCAAGGUGGAGUGGUGGCCGCCGGCGAAGCGAGCUGGAGGUGGGGGCUAUGAGACGCCCCAGAGCGGUUGGGGUAUUGGGCUUCCAGAGACACCUGGAUGAAACAGGACCAGGCAAGGACUAGGCGCUUUCAACCCGCUGACCCAGCUACGGCCACCAUCGCUGGACCAGAGCGAAACUCUGCCCCACUUCACGACCCCUCUCCCCUCUCCCACUCCCUCCCCCACCCACCCCACUCUCCUGACCUGCUGCUGUCUGGGGAGCCCAGUGGUGGGGGAGGCUGCUGAAUCCCAGCACUGCCAGACACCCAGGAUCGAAGAGGAGAGCCUUGCCUGGCCCUCUUGGUGACCAGGCUGGCCUUUGCUCUCUGCACAUAGAGCAGCCUACUUUUUUCUCUCCUCCUUCCAAUCCAGGGUAUAUUUUUACUGGGCAUUUCUCCCUCACUGCCCCUGGCCAGCGCACUCUGCUGAGUAGGGCUUCUCCACUCCCCAGCUCCUAGCACGCUGCUGUGCUGUGCCCUCCCCAGCCCUCUUGCUGGGUGGUGCGCAGUCCUGCCAGGGGUCUCCUUUUUCCUAGCCUCUCCUCCCCCUAGGGCCCUGCCCUGCCACCCCCAACCCCUUGCCCCCGGGCGCCUCUGCCCUCUGGCCGGCGCACCAUGAAGCUUCAGGCAGUGAUGGAGAACUUGCUGCAGCGGCAGCAGCGGGUCCGACAGCAACAAGAGCUGGAGGCCCGGCAGCAACAAGAGCUGGAGGCCCGGCAGCAGCCGCCGCCCCUCCCGGCCCCAUCCCUGCCACCCUCCCAGGAGCCCCGGGCCUCCCCCCCAGCCCCUCCCCCCCAACUCAACCACAUUGCUUUCCCUGGGAAUGGUGGCGGAGUGGGAGCAGGCCGGCGGGGCCCAGAGGGCCCAGCUGGCAGUGAGGAUGGGGAGCCAGAGAGCGCUCGGAUGCAGAGGACCCAGAUGGCGGCGCUGGCAGCCAUGCGGGCAGCUGCAGCCGGCCUGAGCCACUCGCCCAGCCCUCGGGGCUCAGAGGACAGCCCGGCCUCUGAGGAGGACGAGGAGGAGGAAGAGGAGGACGAGGAGGAAGAAGAGGACGAGGAGGAGGAAGAGGGAGAGGAGGAAGCAGGGCGGCAGCGCCGGGAGGAGCCGCCCCACGGAAGCGCAGGCAAAGAAGGGCACUUCCAGGAGAUGGGCUCGGACGAGGAGGAGGAGCUGAAACACAAAUGGGACGAAGAAGAUUUUGAAGAGGACCUGGGGGAGGAAGAUGAGGAGGAGGAGGAGGAAGAGGAAGACGAGGAUGAUUAUGAAGAGGAUGAUGGCAUGGUGGGAGAUGGGCUUGGCCCAGUAGGGCCGGCCCGUUUGGGUCCUGGCCCCCUGCUGUCCCGCAAGCAGCAGGUUCCCCAGCUCUUCCGUGGUGGUGAGCCCCCCCGGCUGGUUGGGGGGCAGGAGCGACUGGCCUCUGGGCUGGCUCCCCAGGGCCUCUCCCAGCUGCAGCAGCAGCAACAGCAAGUAGUCCCAGACCAUGGAGACUGGACCUACGAGGAACAAUUUAAGCAGCUGUAUGAACUGGAUGGAGACCCCAAAAGGAAGGAAUUCCUGGAUGAUCUCUUCAGCUUCAUGCAAAAACGAGGGACCCCGGUGAACCGGAUCCCAAUCAUGGCCAAGCAGGUGCUGGACCUGUACAUGCUAUACGUGCUGGUGACAGAGAAGGGUGGGCUAGUAGAAGUCAUCAACAAGAAGCUCUGGCGAGAAAUUACCAAGGGCCUGAACCUACCCACAUCGAUUACCAGCGCCGCCUUCACCCUCCGGACGCAGUACAUGAAGUACCUUUAUCCCUAUGAAUGCGAGAAACGGGGUCUGAGCAACCCCAACGAGUUGCAGGCUGCAAUAGACAGCAACCGGAGAGAGGGCCGACGCCAGGGCUUCGGAGGCUCUCUCUUCACCUACUCGCCUGGCGGGGCCCAUGGCAUACUCUCCUCACCCAAGCUGCAGGUGCCCACCCUUGGCUUGGCGGCUAGCACCAACGGAAGCCCCAUUACCUCUACCCAGAAGAACAAGAAAGAAGAGGAUUCAACCAUACCCAUCGCGGUUCCCAGCCGUCUGCCUGUCUCCCUGGCAGGGCACUCCAUGGUGGCAGCCCAGGCCGCGGCGGUGCAGGCGGCGGCAGCCCAGGCCGCAGUGGCUGCCCAGGCCGCGGCCUUGGAACAGUUGCGGGAGAAACUGGAAUCCGGAGAGCCGCCGGAGAAGAAGAUGGCGCUGGUGGCGGAUGAGCAGCAGCGGCUGAUGCAGAGGGCCCUGCAGCAGAACUUCCUUGCCAUGACCACCCAGGUCCCCAUGAGCAUCAGCAUCACUAGCCAAGAGAAUCGGCAGGACUCAGCCAUAAACCUGAUCGGCACAAAUGGCACCAAUAGCAUCAGCGUAUCAGUCGAGAUCAACGGCAUCAUGUAUGCAGGAGUGCUAUUUGCCCAACCUCCGGGAGCACCCGUCUCUGUCCCAUCUUCCGCUCACAGUAAGGGCAGCGGAGGGGGUGGUGGCGGCGGUGGCAGCAGCAGCAGUGGCCGGAGCGGUGGCAGCAGCGGGAGCGGCGGCAGCGGCGGCGGGGCCAGCUCUCAGCCCGGGACAGCGGGUUUGCCUACCCCUCAGAAUACCUCGAAUAACUCUCUGCCCUAACCCCAGCCUGUGGCCAUGGCGGCCAACCCCUCCUCUCUCUGGGACACAGCCAGCCCAUGGACUGGUGGGGUAACGCCUAGGCGGGGAUGGAUGGGGAAGAGGAAGGAGGUCCCAAGCAGGAGAUGCUAGAUCAGCUGAUGCCAAAAACAAAUCAUAUCUAUCAAAUAAAAUGGGGGGAGAAAACCAAGAAA